UCCUACCAUAACAACAUGGCGGCGUCCAUCGAGAUGCACCCGUAAAGUUAGCUUGUUGUAUAGUUCGCAUUAGAUCUAUAACUUUCUUUUGUUGUAGAUUUCUAAAAAGUGCUGUAAUGUUUGAUAAACUACAGAAGAUGUUGUUUUUAGCGACGUUGUCGAGUUUGAUGUAUUGUGCAGUCGGUUGUGAGGUCUCAGAUGCUUUAAGUGACAUUUGGGGCUACACUGAGCCUUACCUGUUGGCUGUGUGGCAAAACAGGUUAUAUAUGUAUACUGCUGCUGCUGUUCUCAUAGGAGUCUGGUUUACUGUGAAUGUAGCAUUUAAAAAGAAACCGAUCCAGCCUGUAAAUCCACUGCCUCAAAGAUCUGAGAGAAAGAAGGAACUGUCAUCUGAAACGGAGAAAGUUAUUCAUGUUGCUGGGGUCAGAAUAUUUUAUGGAUCCCAGACUGCGACAGCGAAGGGGUUUGCCAGAGAGCUUGCUGAAGAUGUCACGGGUCAAGGGUUUGAGUGUGAGAUCACGGAUAUGAAAGAUUAUGAUCCAGAUGACCGUCUAGCAGAAGAGUGUUCAAGCAAGAUGAUCUGUGUGUUCCUGGUGGCCACGUAUACUGAUGGACAGCCCACUGAGAGCGCUGAAUGGUUUUGUAAAUGGCUUGAGGAAGCAUCCACUGACUUUCGCUAUGGAAAAACCUACCUGAAGGGAAUGAGAUAUGCCGUCUUCGGCCUAGGCAACUCUGUUUACGUCGGCCAUUAUAACACGGUGAGUAAGAACAUUGAUAAGUGGUUAUGGAUGCUGAGCGCCGCCCGGAUCAUGACCAGAGGUGAAGGCGAUUGCAACGUGGUGAAGAGUCGAAACGGCAGCAUCCAGGCGGAUUUCCAAGCCUGGAAAACGAAGUUCCUGAGCCGUCUGCUGGCCCUGGCUAAAGGUGAAAAGAAAGUUUGCUCGGGGAAGUGCAAGAAGGAAAAAUGCAAAAAUAAGAAGAAACAUAAGGAGGAGGCAGAGGACGAUCACUCGCUCGCCCAGAAGAACAGCUCAGAGGAGGAGCUGAUGGAGUCCAGCAGUGAUUCUGAAUCCUCAGGUGAAGAAGACCAUUCUCACGGCUCGGUCAUUGACAUGGAGGACCUUGGGAAUGUGAUGAACAGCAUGAAGAAAGCCAAGAGGAUGGAGGCAGAUGAGGUGAACUCCCAGCGGAUGAAGCUGUCAAAGCAGAAUGGAGUGAGGAAGAGCGAGGAAGAGGAAGAGAGCAGAGAAAUGAUCACUCCAGCCUUGAGAGAUUCACUCACUAAACAAGGUUAUAAACUAAUAGGCAGUCACUCAGGGGUGAAACUGUGUCGUUGGACAAAGUCAAUGCUGAGAGGCAGAGGAGGCUGCUAUAAGCACACCUUUUAUGGGAUUGAAUCACACCGUUGUAUGGAGACCACACCGAGUCUGGCGUGUGCCAACAAAUGUGUUUUUUGCUGGAGACACCACACCAAUCCAGUGGGCACAGAGUGGCGCUGGAAAAUGGACCCUGCCGAAAAGAUCCUUCAGGAGGCCGUGGAGAACCACAGGAAUAUGAUUCGGCAAUUCAAAGGGGUGCCGGGUGUGCGUCCAGAGCGCUUUGAAGAAGGACUCACCGUAAAGCAUUGUGCUCUGUCUUUGGUGGGUGAACCCAUCAUGUAUCCUGAGAUCAACUCCUUCCUCCGCCUUCUACACCAGCAGCACAUAUCCAGCUUCCUGGUCACCAAUGCCCAGUUCCCAGAGGAGAUCAGGAAUCUAGUGCCUGUGACACAGCUUUACGUCAGCGUUGAUGCCAGCACCAAAGACAGCCUGAAGAAAAUUGACCGUCCUCUCUUUAAAGACUUCUGGCAGCGCUUUUUGGACAGUCUGAAAGCUCUCGGUGAAAAGCAACAGCGAACGGUGUACAGACUGACCCUGGUUAAGGCCUGGAAUGUGGAUGAACUUAAAGCCUACGCUGAUCUCAUUGCCCUCGGCCAACCAGACUUCAUCGAGGUCAAGGGAGUGACGUACUGCGGUGAGAGCUCGGCCAGCAGCCUGACCAUGGCCAAUGUCCCUUGGCACGAGGAGGUUGUCCACUUCGUGCAGCAGUUGGCCAACUUGCUACCAGACUACGAACUCGCCUGCGAACACGAACACUCCAACUGUCUGCUGCUCUCACACCACAAGUUUCAAGUGGACGGAGAGUGGUGGACGUGGAUCGACUAUGAGCGAUUUCAGGAACUCAUUCAGGAAUAUGAGGAGAGUGGCGGUACCAAGAGCUUCUCAGCGACGGACUAUAUGGCGAAGACACCCAGCUGGGCUCUUUUUGGAGGCAGAGAAAGAGGAUUCGACCCCUCUGACACACGUUUUCAGAGAAAGAACAAGACCAAAAAUAUCUCGGGAUGCUGAUGUUGAAGGAUCAUGUGUUUUUCGUUUGAUUCUGUAGUAGAUAAAUGUGUUUUAAGGGUAUGGAAUACACUGUCAGUCAAAAAAUGGUCCCUAGCUAGCUGUCACUAGGGUGUUACCCUUUUAAAAAGCUCACCUUUGCACCUAAAGUGUUUAUAUUAGUACAUACGAGGUAUAUAUUGGUAUAAAAUGUAUACAUAUUUGUACCAAAAUUAGGACCGUUUUAAAGGGUACUGCCCCAGUGACAGCUUGGGACCAUCAUUUUUUCUCCAGAUUUGCUUAGGAACUAGGGAUGCAUAACGAUUAAUCGCGAUUAAUCUAUUGCAGAAUAAAAGUUUUUGUUUACAUCAUAUAUUUGUGUGAACUGUG